AUAAAAGGAGGCCCACAUCUCACAUGCUAGAAACAGAAUUAGGAUCUUUAAGACCAAGAGGGGCAUUUUACACAACACAACAUACCCAGAUUAGGCAAAAGAUGGCAAAGAGCUUGGUUGGACUCUGGACUAAUGGAGAUUGCACAGAAAUGGACAUUGCGGAGCCAGAGAAGGGACAUCUGACCGGCUGGUAUAAGAUAGCAGUGGGCACACCAAGGGAAGCUUCAGUGCCCCUAAAGGGACUUGUGAAUCACACCAAGGCGGACAGUCCAUGUUUCAGCUUCUGCGUGUCCAUGGGAGAAAUUGGAGGAGACUCAUGUAAUGCAGUUGUUGGACAAUAUUUUAACCACAAUGGGGAAGAAGCCCUCAAAACACUAUGGUUGAUGCGUGCAGGUGUGGACAGCCACGAAGACAACUGGGGGGCCACAAGGGUUGGCGAGAACACCUUCAAGAGAAAAACAGCAUGAAAAGAACGCCAAAAAGAGUCCUUCACCUAGUACUCAUAUUAACCUGUCAAAAUCACAGCAAUUGUUGUCAUUUCCUUAACAUAACAAACACAGGUGUAAUUGCUCCAAACAUUUAUUUCAUUGUUGUUGUUCACGAUAAUGUUAUUGUUAUUGUUAUCCAUUUUAGAAUAGUUUUUAAUCGCUUUGGAUAAAGCCAUCAUUUCAAUACGAUGACCCUUCCUAUAACAUCACUGUUUAAAACAUGAAUGCUGCGUCUGUGAGAGGAAGAACCCACCACAGCAUGGCUGUUCUCUGUAUGCAACAUGCAUGGCUGCCAGGUGCAUGCUGGGAAUGCUCACAAUGUGUCACAAUAAGCAAAGUGCAUGAGGGGUUGUGAGAGAAUAAAAAAAGGGACUAACUCUGAGACAAGAUAUAUGACCUAUGACCUUUUGUGUUCUCAGCUGUAACAGAAGCAGAUUCAUGAUACAUGCUUCCUCACAUAAAAUGAUGCUAAUUUGGCCAAUAUUUUCUGUGAGGUUUAUUAUGCUUUAAUUAAAAGCUGUUUUAUGUCUUCAAAUAUACUUCAAAUAGUAAAAAAUAACAUAUUACCA